AUGUCCGCGCUGUCCAACCACACGCGGGUCACGCGCCUGUACAGGCACUCGCUGAAGACCAUGCUCUCAUGGGCGGUCCAGAGGGACAUCUUCUACACCGAGCGCGACCGCAUCCGCGCGCAGUUCGAGGCCAACGCGGGCCUGAACCAGCCCGGGCAGAUCGCCAAAGCCAUCGCCGCGGGCGAGGCCAAGCUGGCGGAGUACUCGCACCCGGACCCUUACACCGUCCCGACGGCGUACGGGGGCAGCAAGUACGCGAGGAACCCGCCGGUGCCGGGCGAGAUGGAGGUGGUGAGCGACUUCGGGAGGGAAUCCUACGUCGUGCCGGGGAAGUACUGA